CAGCGAUGGCUUCCAAGCAGAUGCUCAUCGUCGCCAUCGCCGCGGCCGCCCUCGCUGUCGCCUUCCUUCCGGGGCUCGUCGUCGCCUCGGAACACGUGGUCAGCGACGACAAGGGCUGGGCCCUCUAUGUCGACUACACGGCCUGGGCUGAGACCAAGCAGUUCGUGGUCGGCGACACGCUAGUGUUCGAGUACGGUAUCUCCAGCCACAAUGUCGUGGAGGUGAGCGGGCCAGAUUUCCUCAUUUGCCACCAGACCGACAACGCCGUCGUCCGGACCUCCGGCGAGGACCGGGUCGCGCUCGACAAGGCCGGACGCCGGUGGUUCUUCUGCGGCAUCGACAACAACUGCGAGAACGGCGUGAAGCUCAAGAUCACCGUCCUCGAGACCGCCCCACCGGCUCCCCAACCCAAGGCCCCGUUGGCUGCUCCACCGCUGUCCAACCCCGCCGGCAAGCUGCAGGCCCGCUUCGGGGAGGCGGCGGCCAUGGUCACCACGGCAGCUGCGGCCGUGCUCGUGCUCUAGGCUCCCACUCGGUCGACCAUGUCUCCUCUGCAUAUGUGAGCCACCAAGAUUUUUUUUGCUUAGUAAAAAUGUUAUUGUUUUUUCUUUUGUAAUUAGUGAAGUCACAAGAAACAAUGCAUAUGAUAUUGUCCAGUUGAAAAAUGUUUUUUCUCUAUAUUUUUCUGAACAUUUCCUUAUUUCUGUUAUAUUGGCUCCCUUCUAGUGGGAGCGCCGGCCACACAGGAGCAGAAGGAUGUCACUUUCAAGGUGGGGAGUAUGGACCUGGGCGAGUUCUUCGUUAGUAUGGAAGUG